AUGUCUUCCAGGAAACCAGGCGACUCCGAUGUGCUGUCCUCCUUGUACUCCAUGAUUCCACUCCUCUUCUUACUCUUAGCCUGCGUCGAGCUCUCCGACGCCGCCGCAGCAGUCGACGUCUACCGUCUGGUACAGUAUGACAUCUCCGGGGUUCCGUUUGGAUCUCGUCUCGCCGCACUCAAUCACCACGCCGCCUCUUUGCAUUCCUCUGCCGGCGCCGAUCUCUCCCGCUCCGUUCUCAUCAUCCCCCUCCGGGAGUUGAACAUCUCUCUCGUCAAAGAAUAUAUUUCUCAAAAGAAGACUCUUGGUGGCUUGUUGCUUCUGCUUCCUCAAAUGUUUAAUUUUGAGAGUGGAGAUAUGGCGGUAACUAAGGAUGACAUUCAUGAGAUGGAGAGGCUGAAGAAUCUAUUAGUCGAAUUGGAAGAACUUCUGAUACAUGCUAAUAUACCUUAUCCUGUAUAUUUUGCUUUUGAGCAUGAUGACAUAGAAGCUGUAUUGGCCGACAUCCAGAGGAAUGAUGUAAAUGGUCAGGCGGCUACUCCGACUAAUGGAGGAUACAAGUUCGUGGUCUCAGCUCCAGAACCUAAAAAGCUUGCAUCUCCAAUCAUGACAAACAUUCAGGGAUGGUUGCCAGGAUUGAAACCGGAUGGAGAUACUAAUCAACUUCCAACUAUUGCUAUUGUUGCUUCAUAUGAUACAUUCGGGGCUGCUCCUGCAUUAUCAGUGGGAAGUGAUAGCAAUGGAAGCGGCGUUGUGGCUCUUCUUGAAAUUGCCAGGUUGUUUUCUCUUCUUUAUUCAAAUCCAAAGACAAGAGGAAAGUAUAACUUGCUUUUUGGUCUGACUUCCGGUGGACCAUACAAUUAUAAUGGAACUCACAAGUGGCUUAGGAGCUUCGAUCAACGUUUACGUGAGACAAUUGAUUAUGCCAUUUGUUUAAAUAGCAUUGGCUCCUGGGAUGAUAAGUUGUGGCUUCAUGUGUCUAAACCUCCUCAAAAUGCCUAUGUGAAACAAAUUUAUGAACGGUUCUCUGGAGUAGCAGGAGAACUUGGUCUUAAAGUUGAACUCAAGCACAAGAAAAUCAAUAUUUCUAAUCCUCGAAUAGCUUGGGAGCAUGAACAGUUUUCAAGGCUCAGAGUGACUGCUGCGACUCUUUCUGGGCUCUCUUCUGCUCCUGAACUGUUUCAACGCACAGGAAGUCUUUCUGAUAGCGGAAAUCUUGUAAGCGAAGAUGCUAUCAGAAGAAGUAUCAAGUUAGUUGCUCAGAGUUUUGCGAGGCAUAUAUACGAUCAGCAGGAGGACAUGCCUGUCUUUGCAGAUGAUAGCAGCUUGGCUGUUGAUCUGUCUUACGUCAGAUUAUGGCUUGAUCUUUUGUCACGAACACCUCGAGUGGCACCAUUUCUUACAAAGAAUGAUCCCUUGGUUGCAGCACUGAAAAAGGAAUUGGCAGAGCAUACUCAUGAAGUAAAUGUGCAGCAUGAGUUGCUUGAUGGGUUGUUCACAUUCUAUGAUUCAACCAAAGCCAAGCUGAAUAUAUAUCAGGUGGCUAGCGUUACAUUUGAUUUGCUAUUGCUUCUAGCCGUGGGGUCGUACUUGAUAGUUCUCUUCAGUUUCCUCGUCAUCACAACCAGGGGUCUUGACGAUCUUAUCAGCAUAUUCAGACGACCUCCACCCCGGAAAUCUAAAACAGGUUGA